UAUUGUAGUUGAAUUUAACUAACAAAAAAACAAAUAAAUGUAACAACAGCCAACAGAAGAAAAUCAAGAAAUCAGAGGAAAAAACAGAGGAUUUUGUAGACAGAUUAAUUUACAAUGGCAGUAGAACCAGUGGGAGUUCUUGAAAUGGAAAGGAAAUUUCAAGCUGAUGAUUGUGAUGAUGCAAAGAAAAUGAGCAAAAAGAGCUUUAAUGAAUCCAAGAAGUUAUGGGAAAUAGCUGCUCCUGCUAUUAUCACAGCAGUUUCUCAGUUUUCCAUUGGCUUUGUCAGCGUUGCAUUCGUCGGACAUCUUGGUUCUCUAGAGUUAGCUGCCAUCUCUGUUGUUCAGAAUGUUGUUGAAGGCUUUGUCUAUGGAGUUAUGCUAGGGAUGGGAAGUGCACUUGAGACACUUUGUGGACAAGCUGUUGGAGCAGAACGAUUCGAUAUGCUUGGAAUUUAUUUGCAAAGAUCAUGUGUUAUUACUCUAGUGACAUCUUUAUUUUUGACACCAUUUUAUGUAUUCACAUCACCAAUAUUGAUGCUGUUACACCAAGAUAAGCGUAUUGCAGAAAUUGCAGGAAAAUAUGCAAUUUGGGUGAUUCCUCAACUCUAUGCUUAUGCAUUGAACUUUCCUGUUCAAAAAUUCCUCCAAGCACAAAGCAAAAUAUGGGUUAUGACAAUAAUCAAUGUAGUCGUAUUGGCAUUUCAUAUUGUAUUGAAUUGGGUUUUGGUGACAAAGCUCGGGCAUGGACUUCUUGGUGCUGCAAUGGCAGGGAAUAUAUCGUGGUGGCUCGUGGUUUUAGCUCAGAACAUCUAUGUUAUUUCUGGUUUUUUCCCUGAAUCAUGGACUGGAUUUUCCAUAUUAGCUUUUAAAUCUCUCUGGAAUUUUGUCAAACUGUCACUUGCAUCAGCUGUCAUGUUAUGCCUGGAGCUUUGGUAUUUUACUGUGGUGAUUCUUAUGGUUGGCUGGUUAAAAAAUCCAGAAAUUAAAGUAGAUGCUGUAUCAACCAGUUUGGACUUGCAACUUUGGGUACUAAUGAUCACUCUAGGUUUCAAUGCUGCAAUCAGUGUACGUGUUUCGAAUGAACUGGGAGCUGGUCGUCCAAAAGCUGCAAAAUUCUCAGUAGUGAUUGCUGUAAUUACAUCAACUAUUGUUGGAGUUGUAUUUACAGUUGCAGUAAUUGCUACUAAAAAUUAUUACCCGAGAAUGUUUUCUGAUAAACUAGAAGUCCUACAUGAGACAUCCAAAUUGUCAUAUUUCUUGGCUGCUACUAUUUUCCUAAUGAGCAUUCAACCUAUACUUCAUGGUGUAGCAGUUGGAGCUGGAUGGCAAUAUUCAGUCGCGAUUAUAAACGUCGUUUGUUACUAUAUAAUUGGUCUUCCUUUGGGUGCUUGCCUUGGUUACAUUGCAAACAUUGGUGUUAAUGGAAUAUGGACAGGAAUGCUCGUUGGUACCUUGCUUCAAACAAUAGUUUUGAUGCAUAAAAUGUGGAAAGUUAAUUGGCGAAAAGAGGCAAUAUAUGCUGAAGAGCGUAUCAGAACAUAUGGCGACCAGCCUUCUCAAGAUGGUAUUGAACAAACUGGAUCGCGUGCUACCUCGUCUCUGCCAGUAGUAACAUGAGAGAAGAGGAAAUGGGAUUAAACACAGACCAUUAAAAUAGAGCAUACAAGAAUUGGAUAGGUAUAGUAUAGUAAAACUGGUUCGCCUCGCGGAAAAUUUUUGAGUUAGAUUUGGUCAGGACUGCAAUAAAAGGUCAAAAUCGACCUGAUUGCAAGCCUUAUAGGUUCAUACCUAUUAUUGGUGUUCAGUGGUGAAGUUAGAAAAUUCAAUAAGGGUGUUCAAAUUUCAAAUAUCUUUUGCAAGGGUGUUCAAGGUCUAUUUUAUUAAUUAAUAACAAGUAAUAUUUUAUCGACGAAGGGUGUUCAGUUGAUUAUUCUUGGCCACACAUAGCUUCGCCCCUGCUGGUGUUUACCAACGCGACGAAUGCUGCAUUGUAUGGAGAUGCUAACCAUGAAAAUAUGAAAAGAACUGUUUUGUUGCUGUUGCCACUAGAGAGAAAAUGUUCACUAAGUAGAUUUAGACAGUCAAAUUGUAUUACUCUUUCUAAAUAAAUAGUGCUGCUGCUGCCAAUCUUACACAUUUUGUCUGUACAAAGAGCUUACUAAGAAAUGGUGAUCUGAUGCAUUUUGUUUUUCAUCUGA